AUGAUACUGAAAGUGGAAGAGCCAUGGGUCAAUUAUAAUGGACUCCUUACGUUCAACGUCCCUUCAGUGUCAGGACUAUACAAUCCCACCAGAGGAGCUGAAGAUUUCAUUGCUGCGCUCUGGAAUGACUUUGAUGACAAUUACAGUGGUGUAUUCUCGUAUCAGCAGUACACCAGUGGAAGCGUCCUCAGUCGCGCCUCUCAGGAUAUCAACCAGUAUUUCUCUCAAGCGAACAUCAAUGUUAAUUGGGUCUUUGUCGUCACUUGGAGAUAUGGAUCUCAGCCAAACCCGGCAAUCCUGUUUCAAGUAGUUUUAAUUUCAGGUAGUGGUCAGUCUUACUUUCUGAUGAAUUAUGGUGACUGCGGUAUGUUAUAUGGUCAAGUGGAGGCUGGAUAUGACACAAUAAACUCCACAUACCACUUUGUAAUCCCUGAUUCAUCUAAUGGCAACUACCAAAGCCUGAAGAACACGACUAAUGUAAAUGUUCCUGGUCGCUGGACAUUUAGUGCAUGGGCAGGUAUUGAUUGA